CACUUUCCCCCUCCCUGCCCACACCUAACCCUUUUCUCUCUCUACAGAUCUUCUACUCUUCUAUCUCUCUCUCCCCACCCCCUCGAAACUAUAAAUCCAGUCGCCCCACUUUGCCCCCAUUACCACGGACACCUACGACUUUCUCUCUCUCUAUCUCCCAAGCCAAAUCUCUCUCUCUCUCUCUCUCUCUCCUCCCCACUUAGCAAACUACCUUUCUUGCUCGAUUUUCCUUUUCAUUUUCUCGGGAAAAUUGAUCCACCCACUAUAUAACCGAACUUUUCCUCAACCAUCCCACUUCGACCUAUACGUCAUCCUCUCUACCCCCCACUCUCUCUCUCUCCGCGCGCGGGUUGACCUUCAUUCGCCUCGCGACUGUGUUCCUUUGAAACUGAGGACGUUUCUCUCGCCUGUUUCUCUGCCUCCCCGCGAUAAUGGAAGAGAAGGAGGACAAGAAGCGAGCGCGGGAUGACUCCGCCGUCGACUCGCCCGAGUCGAACCUCACUCGGGUCGACUCGGCCGGUUCGGAUCUCGGCUCUCCCGAGUCGAAGCGGGCCCGAGCCGUCCCCGACCCGAAUCUCGACUCGGCCAACUCGGAUCUGUGCUCGCCGGAGGCGAAGCGGAUACAGUACGACCUGCUUGACAUACUCGACGACCCGGAGGGCGUCACGGACCGGGAUCCAGCGAUCCAAGGCCUCGAUUCCGUCAUCAGAAGCUUCGAGGAGGAGAUACUCGUCCCUCCGGCGCCUUCGGCUCUAGAUCUGAGCUUCGAGGCGGCCGAGACCCGGUCGGAGCUCGGUUACCUGCUGGAAGCUUCCGACGACGAGCUCGGCCUCCCUCCGAGCUUCGUCUCCUCCGCCGAAGACGACGGAAAGGUCGCCGACGGCGAGUUACCGACGCCGGCGGGCCUCGGGUUCGGCGAGACGAUGGCCUUUGAGAACGACAUGUCGGGCUACGACUCAUUCGAGUUUGUGCCCGAGGCUACUAGCAACGGCAAUAAUAGCCAUGCAACGGGCAACGAGUUCGUGACGUUAGGCGGGUUGUUCGAUUUCCCGGAAGGUAGUUGUGAACCGGACGAGGGGCCGGAGAUGUUGUGGCGGCCGGAGUCUUUGCCGGCGAUUUGACCGGUCCUUUUUUUUUUUUGAAAAAAAUUCCCCCGGGGGGCGUUUCGGGUCGGCGGGCGUUUUAUGGGCGCCGGAACGUUUCCGACAACGCAUACGGUGUUGAUAUUUCAUAGGUUGUACAUGUCCCCACAAAAAGAAGAAAAUCAUGAUUCAGUGUUCCCGUGAA